CAAUUUGUAGAGAUAAACGCUACCGGUUUCAGAAAAAUUUUAAAAAAAUGGGAUAAACGAUCUAAAUCUAGUACAAAAGAACUUUAUCUUUCGCGUCAGCUCCAAAAUCACACCCAAGGUUUAACCACUACUCCAUCAUCUCGAUCGACUUCUCCAGGCCGUCGAUUAUCUGUUGGAGAAUCAACUGAACCUGAUGUCAUGGAUGAUCUUGAAACAGAGCUUUUUAUGGCAAUAAUGAAAGAUGCUACAUCAACUGUACAGGAAAUUUUAGGAAGAAUUCUACAUCAUCAAAUUGAAGAGGACAAAGAUAUCUUGUCGCGAGUGUUUUGGCGUGUGUGUUCUGAAAAGAAUUCUUCAAUUGAUUCCAUACAGUGUUUGGUAAAUACUAAUAUGGUUAAUUUCAAGUAUUUUGACGAUAUUAGUGACCGAACUUGUUUACACGAAGCAGCAAUUGUUGGGAGAUUACCGCUUAUUACACUUUGUGUUGAUAAAGGUGCUAAAGUAGAUUGUUCCGAUGUCUACGGUCGUAGGCCUUUACAUUACGUUUGUAUGUACGGACAUAGUGAUGCUGCUACCUAUCUCUUAUCACAGAAAGCCGAUUUUGAAAGUUUAGAUCAUGAUGUAUUUAGUCCCUUAAUUUACGCUGUCACAAAUGGUCAUACAAAAUGUGUAGAAAUUUUACUUAAAGCGGGAGCUCGAAUAGAACCACAAGGAGAAGAUGGCCAUAGUCAUAUACCCUUGUCUUUGGCAUGUGAAUAUGGUCAUGAAGACAUUGCCAUGUUACUACUAGAAAAAGGCGCACAGAUUAGAUUAGAUGCGGAAGGUCUUUCCCCUUUACAUUUAACAUCCCGUGAAGGACAUCAUAAAUUGUUAAAAAUUUUGACGGAACAGGGAGGCGCUCUACUAAACACACCCGAUAAAUAUAAAGGAUGGACACCUAUUUUUUAUGCUGCAAGUGAAGGAAACAUAGAAUGCGUCAAUAUCUUAAUUCAAGCAAAUUGUCAAGUAGAUAUAUCAGACGAAUCAGGUCAUUCACCCAUAUACUAUGCAGCAUGGGAAGGCCACAUAGAGUGCAUUAAUAAAUUACGCGAAGCCGGUGGACGUGCUGAAAUAAAAGAUGAACCAUCAAAUAUGAUAAUCACAAAUGGAAUAAUUCCUCAUAACAUAAUAUUACCAUUGGGAGAUGAUAGAGAAGUUUUUUCUUUUCAAACAGAUACCCUUAAUAAAUUUUCAUUAGAAUUUGAUAUCUUUCCUACUUUUGGAUCAAAAGUUAUUGGUAAAGGAGUUGCAUUACCACACGUAUUUAAUUUUACCAGCAGUCGUGAAAGAAGAAAUCAUUUGGUUAUCGAAGGGACGGGUGGAAAAUGUAUUUGUCCUUUAUUCGACACACAUCUCAAAGUUGUUGGAGAAUUAUCAUUUGAAUUCGCAGUAGUGAAACCAUUUCAAGGUGUACAACUUGAAAUUGGAGGGCAAGUAGAAACAUAUUGGAAAUCUACCAAUACAGUAUCACUCCCUGGAUCAGUUAGUGAUCAAUCCUCGAUAAAUACUGGAA